AUGGUAUCAGAAGCUAAGGUGAAUGGAAAUGAUGCACCCACGGAGGUGCUACCAGCCCUGGCUGAGAAGCCAGCUGGUCUUCCACCUGGCAAGUACUCUCUUGUCGGCUGGGACAUGGACACAACUGGUCGGAGGUUAAUUGAUGAGAUAUGUCAAAUAGCAGCGUACACUCCUAAGCAAAGCUACUCUCAGUACAUAAUGCCAUAUGGAGACCUGAAUCCAGGUGCAAGGCGUAGACACAAUGUAAGGGUUGUCACCGUUGGAAGAUAUAGGAUGUUAAAAGACACUGUUACUCAUAAGAUUCUAAAGACUAAGUCUGAAAUAUCUGCCCUGACAGAUUUCUUAGAUUGGCUAGAAAAAGAGAAAGGAGACGGUAGUGUUAUUCUAAUAUACCAUGAACCUACACGCCUUAGCCCCACCAUGUUGCUUGAAGCUUUAACCCGAUACAAGCUAUUGGACCGUUUCAAGACGAUAGUGGCUGGUUUUACGGAUAGCUACGCUUUAGCGGCUGAAAAAUGCAAGGCCACUGUAAAAUCAGUGUCUUUGAGGGUACUGGCCAGAGUUUUACUUGAUGCUGACACACUGUCAGUGGACAGUGCCCUCGAUAGAGCUUCAACAGCAUAUAGAAUUGUUGAGCAUUUAUCACAGAGUGAACAGCAAGAAGUGGGUGGUGGCGGCGAAGGUGUCAACGCGAGUGAGGACAUGGUAGAGACGGCUAGAGCCUGGGCCCGACCUGUGCAUACUGAGCUGGAGGCACUUGACAAACUCAAGAAGCUGCUGGAGAGGCAGAACACCUUCAGGCCGGUGUUUGCGCCGUUGCUCAGACUCGCGCGUUCGGAGCGCAAGCGGGUCACUCAAUUGCGCCGCUUGCUCGCUGACGCCGGUCUCCUGUACGACCAUCUAAAGGACGCUUGGCAAGAACAACAGGUUACUGGUUUAGAGAAACAAUUAUCAGCACUCUCAGUAACGGCGAAAGAGGAAGACAUAAAAGAGUUGAUUGACAUAUUCGAUCGGCACUUUGACCCGACCAAAGAGCCAAAAUCGCCGAAACCACGGGUCAACAACAAAACUCGGACGACUUCCGCCGGUGAAACGGGCGAGACCAGCUCUGAAUCGCAGAAGAGCUCUGAACAAAACUCACCGGUUAAGACUAAUGAUGCCACAGCAAAUUUGGAUCAACAGCAAGAGGUGGUCGCGAACUAA